GUCUAACAGGAGCUGGGAUGAACCAAUGGCGCGGCAGUGCUUCCUCGACCUCUGCUCUCUGAUUGGUCAUCAAGAGAGAGAAGACGGGGGUGCAGACCUUCAGAGAGCUAGCAGAGCCGAGGCUGACUGACUUUAAAGCGAACCUCGGACGAACCGCUUGUCCUGCCUCCGUUCCGGCCCUGCCCUGCCCAGACCAGACCAGAUCAGAUCAGUCCUGUCUGGCCCGUCCUGACCGCCACCAUGGCCCAAGCUGAUAUUGCCCUGAUUGGACUGGCUGUCAUGGGCCAGAACCUAAUUUUAAACAUGAAUGACCAUGGCUUUGUGGUGUGUGCUUUUAAUAGAACGGUCUCCAAAGUCGAUGACUUCUUGGCCAAUGAGGCAAAGGGGACCAAGGUGGUUGGAGCUCAUUCCCUGGAGGAAAUGGUGUCCAAACUGAAGAAGCCCCGCCGGAUCAUCCUGCUCGUCAAGGCCGGCCAGGCUGUGGAUGAUUUUAUUGUGAAACUGGUGCCCUUGUUGGAAGCCGGGGACAUUAUCAUUGAUGGGGGGAAUUCAGAAUAUCGAGACACGACAAGGCGAUGCCAAGACCUCAAGGCCAAGGGCAUCUUGUUUGUGGGAAGUGGUGUUAGUGGUGGAGAGGACGGGGCCCGCUAUGGGCCAUCUCUCAUGCCUGGAGGCAACAAAGAAGCGUGGCCACACAUCAAGACCAUCUUCCAAAGCAUCGCCGCCAAAGUGGGCACUGGGGAACCUUGCUGUGAUUGGGUGGGAGAGGAGGGCGCUGGUCACUUCGUCAAGAUGGUGCACAAUGGGAUAGAAUACGGGGACAUGCAGCUGAUCUGCGAAGCCUACCACCUGAUGAAAGACAUCCUGGGCAUGGAGCACAGCGACAUGGCCACAGUGUUUGAAGAGUGGAACAAGACGGAGCUGGACUCUUUCCUGAUCGAAAUCACCGCCAACAUCCUCAAGUUCCGAGACCCCGACGGCCAGCACCUCCUGCCCAAGAUCAGGGACAGCGCCGGCCAGAAGGGCACCGGGAAGUGGACGGCCAUCUCGGCGCUGGAGUACGGGGUCCCCGUCACCCUCAUCGGAGAAGCCGUCUUUGCCCGAUGCCUGUCCUCUUUAAAGGAUGAGCGGAUCCAAGCCAGCAAGAAGUUGGCGGGCCCCCCGAAGGCUAAGUUUGGGGGUGACAAGAAGUCCUUCCUGGAGGACAUUCGAAAGGCCCUCUAUGCCUCCAAGAUCAUCUCUUACACCCAAGGAUUUAUGCUCUUGGGUCAGGCAGCCAAAGAGUUCGGCUGGACACUCAAUUAUGGUGGAAUUGCCCUGAUGUGGAGGGGCGGCUGCAUCAUCCGCAGUGCGUUCCUGGGGAAGAUCAAAGAUGCCUUUGACCGGAACCCCCAGCUCCAGAACCUGCUCCUGGAUGACUUCUUUAAGACUGCGGUGCAGAACUGCCAGGAGUCGUGGCGGCGGGUGAUCAGCGCUGGAGUGCUGGCAGGCAUCCCCAUGCCCUGCUUCACCACGGCUCUUUCCUUCUACGACGGGUACAGGCACGAGAUGCUCCCUGCCAACCUGAUCCAGGCUCAGAGGGAUUACUUCGGGGCUCACACCUAUGAACUCCUGACCAAGCCAGGACACUUUAUCCACACCAACUGGACAGGCCACGGGGGCAACGUGUCCUCCUCUUCCUACAAUGCCUAAUGAGACUUCUGCUUAGACCUUCGACAUUCCUGCCACCCCCUUGGCUUACACUGCAUUCGUUUCCUGCCCGGGGCCCUCCAAAUCAGUUACUGUAAGAGCCUUCCCUGCGGGGAGGACUAGAGUCCGUACCGUGACUUUCCUGCCCUCUGCCCUUGCUUUUGAAGAUUGUCUAGAAACUGAUCAUGUGAAUGGUGGCUCUGAGCAGUGGCCCACUCUGCCCCGGAAGCAGGACCGAUCGAGGCAGCCGCCGGCGUCCGAGAGGGUGGUAGCACCUCCAUCAUGGUUGGGAAGGCUCUGGUAGAAUCUGACCAAACUAGAACCUUUGUCUUAGGCAAAAAGCUGUUCUUUUACCUUUUAAUAAAAACUCCAUUCUAUUUAUA